UAGAAGUUCCCUAGCGUGUCCUAGUAGGAAAGCGUGCGGCACUGCUGGACUGCCUUCUGAAGUCAGUCGACUGCCUACCAUCGAACGAUGUACUGGAGUCUGUCGGACACUCGAGCGAAAUUUGUGCGGUUCGCGAUUUAUAUAUCGUAGAUAUAUUCACGUUCGUACAUGAGCGAGAUCCUCGGAGAUUUGUCUAGUUCGUCCUAGAACGGACUGCGGCCUUUAGAAGAGAUUAGCUAGCUGCUUGCUAGUCUGAUAGAGGAUUUGCAAAAUGCAAAAUUGGAACCAAUGGCAGUUGUCAGCCGGCGCUGUUACGACCUCAGUGCCGCAGCCGCCAGUUAAUUACACUGCAGCACCAGGCGCAGAUCCUAUGGCCCUCAUGCAGAGCUAUAUGCAAUAUUAUAAUCAACCAACGCCUAGUGGAUACACACAGGAGCAAUGGGCUGCUGCCCAACAACAAGGUUGGUCUCAGUGGCAACAAUGGCAACAACAGUAUCAACAGUGGCAAGCACAGUAUGGUGAUAAGUAUCAAGAGACGAUGAAACAAUUAUCGACACAGAAUAUGAACUUCACCGGCCAAGCACAACUUCCACCAAAUGUGCAGCUACCGCCUCUUCCUAAAGAGGAUGCACGACCUCCCUUACCACCCGCUACUACAAAUACAUAUCAGUUUGCUAUGCCACCCCCUCACCAAAACAAUCUUCCGUUAUUCCCCGCAAAAGAAUCCGCGAGCAACGUAGUGCCUCAACCAAACGCGACAAAUCACCCUGUAAACCCACCUCUGCCUACGAGUCAGCCACCAUUGCCAUCCGAAAUUGGUGAAAAUAGAGAGAAUAUUUCGGCCGAAAAAUGUGAUAAUAAUGUAAUCAGUGAAUCCAGCGGUGAUAAAAAGUUGAAACCCGAAGAAGACGAGUUGACCGAGGCUGAGAGGACAUUUGAUGAGCAAUUCAAACAGUGGGAAGAGCAGUUUAACAAGUGGAAACAACAGAACGCUAAUCAUCCAGACAAGACGCAAUACAAACAGUAUGAAGCAAAAUGGACAUCGUGGCGCGAGAAGUUGUUAGAACGACGCGAACAGAUGCGUAAAAAACGCGAGCAACAGAAACAAGCCGCCGCAAAAGUCGUGGCCGAAAAGAAUAAGAAUAUAUCUGGCAACGAUAAAAUACUGAACAUAUUAUCGAAUACCGAAAAUCAGGGAUUGAUCAAUAAUCUGUUAGGUAUCGGGAAAACUUUGGGCUUGACUGGAAAGCAGAACGCCGCUGCACCUCUACCACCUCCGCCACCGCCGCCGCCUCCACCGCCAGAAAAUACAAAUUCUAGUAAUCAGCCUACAACUCAAGUGCCGCAGCAAAAUUUGAUGCAGGCAAACAUGACGACGCCUAAUGUUGCUUUACCUUGGCAAAAUCAGCAGCAAUGGGGAAAUCAACAUUAUAAUCCUAGAAUGGAAGUGCCGGGAUAUGGUCCUGGGAUGCCUUCAAUGCCUGUAGCGCCAAUGGUUGGUGUUUCUCCAAAUUUCACACAACCGCCACCAAAUCUACCGCACAACAUCACGCCAAACUUCUCGCAGCCUCCACCGAAUUUCUCUAAUGGUAAUCGACCACCGUUGCAGAAUGUGAGAGCACCAGGUCCGGCGAAUAUAAAAGAUCAACCUUCGUUCGGCUCAACUGACCCUUCAAACACGGAUGCGCGUUUUAUGCCGAACGAUCGAUCGAUUCAUAAUUUUGGCGGGCAGUCCAACUUCCGAAGAGACGAUCAAGAACGACGAGAUACCAGUACCAAUCCAAACUUGAACGAACAGGAUCAAUUUAAACCUACUGAUACUUUUGGCGCGCGAGGCGAUGUCUUUAAUGACAGGGCCGGAGCGCAACGUUUUAGAAAAGACGAUAGAAAUUAUAAUGAUUUCGGAAAUAAUCAAUUGAAUCCGCAGAGUAAUUUCAAUUUGGGUAACGACCGAUUUGGAUCGGCAAACAGCUCUUUCGGGUCGGGGAAUACUCGCUUCGGUGAGGACAACAAUCGAAUGGGUUCGAUGGGAAAUAACAAGUUUCCGUUGGGAAACGAUCGAUUUGGACCAAAUAAUGAUCGAUUUGGUUCAGACCCUAGUCGCUUUGGUAAUGAAUGGAUCGGUCCUGAGAGCGAUCGAUUUAAAUCCGAGGUUGGCCCGCUCGGGAUAGAUAAAAAUCGCCGCGAAACUGGCAAUGACCGAUUCGAUUCAAAAGAUGAACGAUUCGGUCCUGCAAUGGGAAUCGAUCGCUUUGAACCCAAGGAUCGUUUCUUUCCUGGCAACGAUCGUUUUGGACCCAACAGCGAACACUUCCGUCCGAACGAUCGAUUUGGUAGGAAUAAUGCGAAUUUCUUCGAAUCGAAAGACCUCCCUGAUCACAGACGAGAUAACUUUGGCGCUAAUCCUCGGAGUUUCAACAGGAAUCCUCCGUUUAGUCCGUCGAAUGAGCUUCCGCCCGAGUUAAAGAAACUCAUGGAAAAGCGGAAAGCCGCGGGGGAUGUAUUUAGACCCAGUUUCGUUGAUUCUGACAAAUCUAGUACCAUCGGUUCUCUCAGCGAAAGCUUCAAGAAAAUCGCCGGCGAUUCGCCCUUUCGAAGCUCCUUCGAUUUCCAAAAAAAUUUACCAAAUCGUAGCGGUUUAAUGGCUUUUUCAAGUGGACCGUCCAAUUUUCAUCCACAUUCUUCCUCUGAUUCAGGACAAAUUCCUUCACCAAUGUAUGGUUCACGAGGUCACUCUUUCAACAUCGAGUCUCCUUUUAAAGGACCCGUGGACAAUUUUGCCAAACGUAAUAAUCCUAUAGGCAAUGAACGACAAGGAAAAGAUAUGGAGAUAAAGGUUUCUUCGGAUGCCAAUCAACCUCAACCAACCAAUAUUCAGUCUCAAGUUCCUAUUAAACAUUCUGAAAGCAUUGAAACUGCUAAUUCCGACCCUCCAUUGCAAACUGAUGAUAAUGCAAACAAUGCAAAGGUGAUGCAAACCAACGAAGCCGAUAAUUCCAUCAUGCAAAUGGAUCUUGUCGCAGAAGGCAAUUCGAAGAAUGAUAAUUGUGAGGGUGAAUUGAUAAAGAGCGUGGAGGAAGAUAAGGCUUCUGGCAAUGAUUCUUUGCAGCAAGAUGAUAAAACGGAAAGCGACGCUGAAGAAAAGAACAACGAUAGUGACAACAAGAAGUCUGAAAGCUUGCCUUUCAUGGGUGAAAACGAUCCACGACCGGAAGACUUGAAUAUUGAGCCACCGCCAGAGCUGCCGAAUUUGGGUCCUAUCUCCACGGAUUUGAGCCAAAGCGUGCCGCUCGAUCUAAAUGAAAGCCAGAAAGAAUCAACUGACGAUCGGUGCAACGUUCGUUUUGAUCGCAGUUUCGAUUCCAGGGGAAUGGAGUUUAAACCUGACCCGCCGUUCGGUUCCCAGGGCCCGCCGAUGAUCGGAGACAAUCUUGCAUCAUCUCGUACAAUGAUGGGCCCUGCUUCGGGCGCGUUCCAACAGGGUCCUAUGGGCGUACGAUCGGGUUCACCAGAUCCUAACGCACCCAAUGAAUUUAAUUCCAAGCGAUCUAACGAUGAGCAAUAUAAUCGAGAUCGCAAGGAAUCGGCCGAGGGUUUCAACAAGCAGUUCAACCCUCGAGACCUUGCAGACGAGCGAUUUGGUCAAGCCGGCCCGCGACCACAAGGAGGUGGAAAAUUUGGUCCGAGCGAUCGGCAGCUAGGGCCGCGGGGCCCAAUCGAUUCGGCGUUUGCUCCACGGAAUCCCGGGCCGUUCGGGCUGCCGUUCAGGCCUGGGGGCGUUAACGACUGUACGGAUUUCCGAACGAUUCCUGAAAGACCGUUCGGUCCGCGAGGGCCGAACGAUGCCUCGUAUGGACUCAGAAGGCCGAGCGAUGCGACUUUCGAUACUCGACGUGUUGCCGAUGUGCCGUUCGGCCCUCUGGGGCCUAGCAGAUUCGGUAGACCAAACGAGGCGUUUGAUAAAAGACCUCUCUUUGAUAGCGGUGGACCGUUCAAUUUUCCUGGCGAAAGACCUCUAGCUCCACGUAGAUCGAACGAGGGAACGCCGAGUUCUCUUGGCUCCAGUGACGUCCCGCCCUCGAUGUUUGGUCCAAAAGACGCUCUUCAAAGUAAAGCGAAGAGCUUCAACGACAAUCGAUUCGAAUCUCGAGAUUCUAAUGACGGUCUUUGCGGACCGUCAGACUUCAAGGCCCAGGGCCCGGUGGGCAACAUAAGUGCUUCGAAACUGUCGACAGAUCGAACCGAUCCUUUCUACGAUCGCGACGAUUUCGUGCGCAGAAAUGCUUUCGUCAGAAGAGGACAGUUCGAAGACGCUGUCCCCGCUAAGAAGGCCAAGUACGAGGAAAGAUCCAAUCCGGACGAGUUCAAUAAAAGCUACUCGGGUAGAAAUGUUGAUGUAGAAGUGCAAGACAACGCCAGCGAGUACGCUAGACGCAUGCCCGUGUGCGACGCUUAUAAGAAAACGUUAGACGACGUCGGGCACGGUUCACGAUACGGGUUUAACGAUACUUGGAAGGACAAGUUCGGUAAUGACCAAAGGCUCGAUGGGGAUCAACACAAAGCUAUCGACAAAAAUGUUCCGAAUACCUUUGACGAGAGAUCGACGGGCUCAGAGCCGAAAUACGGUUCUAAUUUGUUUACGAAGCAGCCUAAACCGAGGAUCGGAGAAGAAUUCUACGUGCAAAAGCAGUUCAAUUAUAAUCACGGUGAGAUCGAUAAAAAGUACACCGCUGAAGGCUUCGCUCCGACAAAGGUGAUCGAUUACGGACAUGCGUCUCGUUCGUCAAACGUGGAACGGCAACUGUCAUCGCUUUGCUUCGACUACGGUCACGGCGAAUUCAAGCCGACGAUGGACGAUCAACAGCAACAGCAGCACAAUCAUCCGAAGAGAGAUUUCAGGAAUUGGGUGGAAAGCGAGCAGAAUCUAAAAGAAUACACGGAGAAGAUGAGAAAUUACGAAAAUAUGAAAGGCUCUACCGACAAAGCGAGAAGUUAUGAGAAUUAUUACGACGCGCGUAAAUCGGACUAUAAUAUGCGGAAAGAGCAUGAUUGGCAAUCGAAAGACAAAAAAGCCGAGGGAGAGAGAAAGGAAAACGAAGGUCAUAAGGAAAAAGGAUUCAAACCUGAAGAUCGCUUCUUCGAAUGUGAUUUUAGCAAUGAUCAGAAGAACCGCCAAAGUGAUAGAAACCUUCUCAAAGAGCGGACUCAAGAAAUAUGCGACAAUUCCCGAAAGGAAACGAAUAAAGAUAAUGACAAAGAUAACAGAUCGAAAGGAAGUAUUAGCUGGCAAGAGAGUUCGAACAAGAACGUCAUAGACACAAAGUUACAGGAUACCACCAGUCUUUCUUCAGAUACAAAGAAAAAUGUGGAAUCGACUGCGAAAACUUUGGAAUUGGCAAAACUGCCCAACUACACGAUGGUCGAUGACUUAUUGUGCCCACCAGGUCGUCAGAACAGACCACCAAAAAUAGCCGUUAUCCUCAGAGGACCACCUGGUAGUGGCAAAUCUUUUGUUGCUAAACUUAUCAAGGAUAAAGAAGUUGAGCAAGGUGGUUCUGCGCCGAGAAUAUUGAGUCUGGAUGAUUACUUCCUCGUUGAAAAGGAAGUAGAGACUAAAGACGACAAUGGCAAGAAAAUCACAGUUAAGGAAAUGGUGUAUGAAUACGAAGAGGCUAUGGAGCAGAGUUACAUAACAUCGCUUGUUAAAGCUUUCAAAAAAAAUAUAACAGAUGGAUUCUUCAAUUUCAUCAUAUUAGACUGCAUCAAUGAGAAGAUUACGGAUUACGAAGAAAUGUGGAAUUUCGCCAAAUCGAAAGGUUUCAAAGUAUACAUAUGCGAGAUGGAAAUGGAUCUACAGAUAUGCUUGAAGAGAAACAUACAUAAUCGUACCGAGGAUGAAAUUAAUCGGAUUAUAGAUUACUUUGAACCAACGCCUAGUUAUCACCAAAAGCUGGACGUAAACUCGAUGUUACAAGAGCAGGCGAUAGAGGAGGUCGAUAUGGAAGAUAGUCAAGAAAUUCAGGAACAAUCUGCCACACAAAACGAAGAUAGCGAAGACAGCCACGAGGACACUCAGGAUGCUAUUGGUGUCAGCAAAUGGGAGAAGAUGGAAGCUGAAGAUAAAUUAGAUCGACUAGAUGGAUUAGCGAAAAAGAAAAGCGAAACAAAACCGCAAACCAUGGAAGAUUUUCUCCAAGUACCUGAUUAUUACAAUAUGGAAGAUACUUCCGGUAAAAAACGGGUACGUUGGGCUGAUCUGGAAGAACGUAAGGAGCAGGAAAAGAUGCGUGCUGUCGGAUUUGUUGUUGGUCAUACCAAUUGGGAUCGCAUGAUGGAUCCAACAAAAGGCGGAAGCGCUUUGACACGCACAAAGUUUUUCUCGCUGUCGUAGAAAAUGAUAAUUUUAUAUGAGUGUUGAAAAACAAGGAAGUGAAAGAUUCAAGCGAAUAGCGCGUCUCAGUCUUUGUAUCAAAAACGUUCUGAAACUGUAUUAUAAAAACAUAAGUUAUUUCAUUUAGAAAUAAUAUUAAAAGCACAAGAGGAUAUAAAUUACUUAUAAGAGGUUACCUAUCACUUAGAGGUAAGAUUAUGUGAUUAUAUCUAAUAAUAUAAUAUUAUAUAAUUAUAUUAUGAAGUAUAAUUAUAUAAAUGAUAAUUAAGAUAGAUAAACGUUAUGUUUAGAUAUCAUAGAUUUAGUCAUUAUAGGAUUGUAAAUUUUGUACAUAAUAUUGUACGUAGCUAAAUGAAUUUGUAUCAUUUGUAUGAACUAUGUACAUUAAAAAAUAUCAAAUCACGUCAGAUGUCAUUCUGUUAGACACUUAGAUGUGACGCAUUUAAUUAGUAUAACUGAGCUCCGCGACGUUCAUCAAUUCCACGCAAAACAACAUGUAUAUCUACGUACCGGAAAGUGUCUCAUUAAACUUUGUUUCGUCG